AUGCAGUCACACGAGCAAAUUGCCUACCUAGGUCCAAAAGCCUCGUACACACAUCAGGCAACACUGAGUGCUUUUGAUUCAGACAACUAUACGUUUUCGCCACAGACGACAAUUGAAGAUGUCUUCAGCCAGGUGCAAUCGGGAAAGGCCAAUUUCGGUGUGGUCCCAUUCGAGAAUUCGACAAAUGGAUCUGUAGUUUUCACGCUGGACCUCUUUGCCGACCAGAGUGCAAAACAUCCGGAUAUUGUCGUUUGUGGCGAGCGCUAUGUCGAAGUACAUCACUGUUUGCUCGGUCAUCCUGCAGCUUCCAGUCAAGCACAUGCUCCCGCAUCAACAAAGGCACUCCGGGAUGGAACCAGAAGCCCGAGCAGUUCUGGCCAUGCUACACCUAGACCUGGCAACCCGAACCCCACGAACUCGCGUGCAGCUCCAUUGACUGAUCUGUCUCAUAUCAAAAAGCUAUAUUCGCAUCCACAGGCUUGGGGACAAUGCAAGACUUUCUUGUCAUGCUAUCUCAAGGGUGUGGAGCGACAGGACGUGUCAUCCACUUCGCGAGCAGCAGAACUCGUGGCGGCUGAUGAGACAAAUACGACAGCAGCUAUCAGCAGUGGCAUCGCUGCGCAAAUGACCGGCUUGGAUUUCCUGGCACGCGAUAUUGAGGAUGACAAGGACAAUGCUACGCGUUUCUUCAUCAUUCGGAGGAGAAGCCUCGAGGACACGUCGCCUUCGCCUGAUGAGGAGAAUAGUCAAGAGCACACUCGGGCGUAUAAGUCUUUGCUCUCUUUUACUGUUUCCCACACCGAUGCAGGAGCGCUGGCCGAUGCUCUGGCCGUAUUCAAGACUCAAGGCAUCAAUUUGACCAGCAUCAACCCUCGCCCAAGCGGCGAGGCACCCUGGCACUACAUGUUCUUUGUUGAGUUCUCUGGCAGGCGAGGCCAGGCUGCCGUCGACGACACGUUGACAGGCUUGGAUAAUGUCGUCAGGUCAUGGAGAUGGCUAGGCAGCUGGGAGAAUGCUCUGCAGCAGAAGCAAUGA